UCCGUCCGUCGGUGUGCCCUCGUCGCCGUGUUCCCCUCCUUCCCUCUCUGGGUCCCGCGUGAGGGGCUGGCAGGCGGAGGAGGAGGCUGAGGCGGGUCACAAGACUUGCGGGGGGAGGAGGAAGGGGCACGAGGAACGCCAAAAGGAGGCCUUAUUAUGGGGCAGAACGCGUGUAACCUACAGAGUCAGCAAGUGUAAUGACUUCCUCUGAACAGAAGCAAAAUGAAAUAGAGCCUGAAAGAGUCGCUGGAAAUACAAGAAUUGUGGAAACAGAAUUGCGCUGCACCUACCCAAAUGAGAGGCGGGAGAGGAAUCAGAUUUACACCCUUCUAAGCAUCAGUAACAGCAUAAAUGAACAAGAGGAAAGGUCUCUGGAUUGUGUUAAUGGAACAGGAUGGGAGGAAGCUGUCCAAGGCUGGGGCAAAACAGCCCCAUUUGCUUAUCUUCAGCUACAAAAGAAAGCUAGAAAAGCAAAGACAAGUGAGUCUGUCAGUGGAUGCCAGUCUGUCAGCGGAUGCCUUUACUGCUUAGAUCUGAAUCAAGUUAUUGACAAAAGUUUGGAACAAGACUCCAAGGGUACAGAACCAUUGAAAACUGAUUUCAAAUUAAGUACAUGUGCUGCCACAGAUCGUAUUCCAGAAAAACAACAGACUCUGCUUUUACAGAGUGCAACCACAGACUCUUCUGCAACAGAAGACUCUAAAAAGGAAAACUGUUAUGGCAAAAUAUAUUCUAGUCAGAUAUCCCAAGGAGAAAAGAAAAAAGUGUCCUUAAAGGAUGCUCAAGCUACUUUAAGUGAAAGGAGAUUUUUUCUAAUGAAAGAGUGUCCUCUCUUCCAAGGAGAAAAGAGAACAGUGCCAAUAAAGGAGUAUAGUAUACUGACUCCAGGAAAAUCCAAAACUCUAGAAACAGUGAAAUACAAAGACACAAAAGGCUACGAGCCUCCCAUAUGUAAUCAUGUUGGCACUGAAACUGCUACUGUUAAGCCAUCAUUAGUACUACCACCUCUGAAAGAUGCAACUCUCAAAACCACCCUAGACCCUUCAGCAAAGAAAAGCAAGACUGUUACUUCCCAGGCAAGUGAAAAAUCAUUCCAUGCUGUUUCCGAGACAAGUUGCUGUGGUCAGGUUUUUAAAACUAAAGAGCAAAAGAGUGAUAAAAGAAUAGACACAAUGUGUAAUGCAGUGAAGGAGCAAAUAAAAAUGCAUGAAAUAGCCUCUUUUGACUCAAGGCUUUCCAAGACUUCAUUCAUCUCAAGAAACCCAGAUCGUUGCUACUGGCAUUGUGCAUUUGCACCAGAUACAAAAAUGGCAACCAUGUCUAAUUCAAUUGCACUGCGAAGACACAAUCAUCUCAACAGCAUGCAUUUUCUGCAUACAAAAGGAGCACGAACCAACAAAGCCAAUGAGAUUCAAGACCCUUGCACCAGAAGUAGGAGUCACACUGGAACCAAACAAGGAAAUGAGUCAAAAACACAGGAGAUCCCUCUGCUUUCUGGACUAUUCCCUUCCUUAACGGAACAAGGCUGGGGGAGAGCUACUCCUUUCACAUGCUGUAAGAUCCAAAAAGAGACCAAGAGACCAAGAGUAACCAAAACAGUCUCAAGCAUCUCUCACCAGAAUAUGGUGCCUGCUAAUAAGAAAAAUAUGGCCUGGGUAACACAGUUGGCAAGAGAGAGACAAAAAAUGGACUGCAAAUUUACUGAAGGAGAACCAGUUUCAAGCAACAAAAAGAUUGAAGUUUCGUGCAUCAAACCAUACAACUAUGUCCCAAUGAUGACAGCCCAUGCCGAGGGAGACAGAAUGAGAGGGAAAUUAGACUCUAUCCAAACAUUCCUAGGUGAAAAAAGGAGCUUGCCAAUAAAGGAAUAUGAAAUAAAGUACUCACAACGGCAGACAGAACCUGACAUCCUGAAAUAUAAUGAGAUCGGCCUGCCCAGAGUAAUCCAUGGUAAUCCUCCUAACAACUUGAGCUGUAUAACCUUAAAUGCAUUUUUGGUCUUCAGACCAAAUGAAGGCAAUGUAAUCAAUUUGCAUCUGGAGCCUCCUACAAAGCAUGAAGCAACGGCAGUCAAGAGAACUGAGGAAGGGGACAGCACGGACGCAGUCUCUUAUAGCCACGCAAUUAAAAAAGUAAAGCAGAAGAGUGAAAAAAAAGUUGGUAUGAAUAAUACGGUGAAAAAGCAAAUACAAGAAUCAUGUAUCGCCCUUUGACUUGUUCAUGGUGUUCAGCUAUUUUGUCUCGUCUUCAGAGCUGUUUGACUUUUUACUUU